AUUUGUGGUUACUUUUUUUGACAGCAGAGGGCGCUGUGGUUGCUACCAAUUCAGUCACCUACCGGUCAAAGGUAGUCAUCGGUUAUAUAUGCUGACAUAGCAUCCCAACUCCAACUUAAUAUUUAUAUGUAUAGAUAUUUAUAAGUUUGGAGCUACUUGCAGAUAUCAUCUGACAUGUAUACUGCGUCAUACUUAAUAGAAUGGGUCUUCAACACAACCAUACCGUAUGCAAAGUCCCACGGUUAAUUGGACAUGUGAGAAACACAGCAGUCUGAUUAUCUGCCUGAAAUUGGCAAGCUGAAGUCCCACUGGAGUACAACAGGCUGCUAAAUCAAACUUCAGAUUAGAAUUGAGAUGUUGCCCAGCAGUGGAGAUGUGAAGAUUUUGGAUGUGUCCAGGCUGACAGAUGAGGAAGCCAAGCAUGUAUGGCAGGUGAUCCAGAGAGACCUAAACCUGCGAAAAAAAGAAGAGGACAGAUUAGGGGAACUGAAGAACAAAAUAAUGAAAGAAGAUACAAAGAGAGAACUUCUGGAAUAUCAGCCUAAACUCAGUGAUUCCCUCUGCAUCCGCUGUCUACAUCCUUUCAAAUUCCUUGUCAAUAGCAAGCGCCACUGUCUGGACUGCAAGCUCUUCGUCUGCAAGUCCUGCAGCCGAUUUACCAAAAAGGAUUGCGGUUGGGUUUGUGAUGCAUGCCAUAUGGCCAGAAUCCACAAGAUUGGCACACUGGAGUGGUUUCACGAGAAUGUGCGCUCUCGCUUCAAACGUUUCGGCAGUGCAAAGGUCAUGAAUUUGCUUCUGAAGCGUCUGAACAGUGAUCGUACCUGCUCUCAAACUGACCUUAGAGAGCUUCAAGGCGAUGACAUGCACAGCAUGCCUGAAGUUCACACUGGUUCUCUGUAUAGCCUGGAUGAUGAACAGUCUAAGAGUGCAGACAGACAUCACUUCAGCCUGACAAGAAAAGCCAGACGGUUGCUCCCUGUUGACCCACUCGAUUUUAAUCUUGGCGUUGAGAAAUCUGAUUAUUCUCAGCCUGAUUUCUUUAUGAAUGCAGGUAACCAGGAGAAAAUCACUCAAAGUAGGGGCUCAGUAACUGAAGAGAGCUGCAGCACAACCUUUAGGCAGAUCCUGGAGAAUGGAACUCAUGGCAGAAAUAACCACAUGUUUCAGAUCAGCCAGAGAAAUCUGGACAGACAUUCUCGUUUUGAUGACUACACACACACCGAGCAGAGGAUGUCACAACCUCGUUCCCUUUCUAAAAUGAGCAUCUCCUCAGCGGGCAGCACUAACUAUUACCUUCACCGGGAGCUUUCUUACAGUCCAGAUGACUCAGAUGAGGACUCUGUCAUAUGCAGUUCUGCCCUACAAAGGGAGCCUUCACCAGAUGAUGGUCCUCAGAUUAUUGAGCUCACAAAGCGUAUAUCAGCAAUCGAGACUCUUCUCAGCCGUCUGGAGCAGAAUAUGUUGUCAUCUGUGAGUGAGGGAACAACAAAACAGGCUGAACAACAUGAAGAGGAUCUAUCUGACCUAGAGGAGCUUGAGCUCAGGAAAAAACUUGAUGAACUUGCUGACAAAAUAAGUGACGAAGGUGUUUCUUCUGAUGAAGAUGAUGCUGUAAAAUCAGAAAAUUCUUCAGAGAAAGGAGCAGUUUACUCUUCUACAAUCGCAUAUGGAUCUUUAACAGAACUUAGGCCUGGAAGACACAAUUGGCCUGUUGAAACAGAAGAGUGGAAAGUAAAGCCGGAUGUUGAUAAAUCUUUUAAAAAGCAGAGGAGGCUGAGUCCCUUUGAUCUCUGUAACACAUCCAGCUGUGAGCUGUCACAUCUGGAGAGUAAAGUAGCAAUGGCAGCAGCCAGUGUCCAGAGCACUCAAUGCGGGGUUACAGACAUUCAGAAAAGAAUGGCAGCUUUGAGCGCUGCAAGGAUGACAGAGGUGACCUCCCGCAGACGGGCAAGUCUUCAGCCAUCAAAGGUGUUGCAUGAGUUUCCAAGGAGAGCCAGCAAUGAAACAAGAUCCUUACGGAAGCUGAGCAUCAUGUGAAGCAAGCAUAUACACUCUUUCAAAUAUUUUUAGUGGGCCAUGAUAGAAUAAAGCCACAAAACAUGAAUAUAUUUACACAAGGCAUACUGUGACCCACACUCACAAUUUAUUUGUAUGAAGCUUCCAGUGCAUAUAAAUAUUACAAAACGUAUAUUUUUAAUGUAAGUAAUUUAUAUAUAAAAAAAACAUGCUCUUUAAUUUCUAAAAAUAAAAACGUCAACUUCGUUUUUAUAAUAUACUUAUUAACUACUGUUGUUAAAAAUCUUAUGUGAAAGUUACGUUUAUAAUAUAACCCACAUUCACUUUAUGAUUAAUAUACAGCAUGUGCAAAAGUCUUAGGCCACCAUGCUACCAUUAGAUUUGUUGUUUUUGCAAUUGUAUAGUGAUCAUAUAUAAUUAUUUCUCAAUCUCCUUAUUAGAAUACAACCAGAAAAUACAGGAAAUAUGUAUGUAGU